CAGGCAGGCAGGCAGCGCUCGGGACUCGGGAGAGCGGCAGUGAGGCAGAGACGGAGAGAGAGACGGAGCUGAGGAGAAGGGAGAGAGAGAGAGAGAGCGCGCGAGAGUACUUGGAUGGUUUAUCUGCGCUCAGGGACGGAAAGCCACUCGCUCGGGGAGCGCGCCGAGCACCUGUCCGACUCGUCCAGACCACAUUCCCGCCUUCCCUCCUCAAGUAUCUACAAAACGCUGACUCUCCACUCAUCCACUGCUCAAGUCUCGGUCCUGUGACUGCGUUUUGGCUCGAUGAACGAGGCCAGAGCCUUGAACUGCGCUUCACCCUGUAGACCAAUAAACAAACCCACAUCACACUGACAGGCCGCGCAGGAGCUCCUCUAGACCUUCAGCUGUCCCGAUCAGGGACGUACCAAUCCCAUUCCUGGGGGUGGACACAUCAUUAAUUCAUUAGCAGAGCAGAGCGCACAGAGAAACGAGGCUGAGAAUUCUGACGAGGAGAAAAAAACUGUUAACACCUCACACACAACGUUGAUGGUAAUUCAGGGAUGUGCUCUCCUGAGGCGGUCCGAGAACUCUCCGGUUUCAGGAGGGACGUCAAGCAGUCUUGACGAUGACGGCUUACGGCUCACGGAAUUCAAAACUCCAGCGUCUCGAAAUAUUGGAACAGGACCGUGUUGAGACCAGACGCGAGUCUUACUACAGCCCUGUUGUGUUUCUUCUGUCGUCUUCUUCCUGCAGUGCUCCUGCCAAUCUGACCCACUUUAAUUCACAAAAUCUCGAAGGCUACUGUUCUCAGCUAUAGAUAGAAUUUGCUCUGACCUGCCUUGCAAGAGGAGGAAAAAACCAAGAGUAUCUAAGGUCGUGUCCCUCUGUAAGGAAGCGGAACAAAGAGGACGACACAGUCAAAAGUGUCUCGGUGGUGUCGGGUGCAGCGGGGGGACAGAGAGCCAAGCGCAUGAGGAAGGGGCGUCUGGAGACCCCUGUCCCCACACACGGCGCUUGCACACACGCGCACCACGUAGUUAAAGGGAGACACGCCCACCAGCAGCCAUGAGGUCCAUCCGCUCCUUCGGAAACGACGACCGUCACGUCAUGGCGAAACACUCCACCAUCUACCCGUCCUCCGAGGCACUGGAAGCCAUACAGAGUCUCGUCUCCACUGUCGAGUGCGCUCUCAAACACGUCUCCGAUUGGAUGGACCGGCCGCAGGCCGAGCAGCCGAGCCAAUCCAGCGGGCAGGAGGAGGAGACGGAGGCCAGCGCCGACGAAUCGGCAGAGGAAAGCACCAAUGAGGGCAGUAGCAGCAGCAGUAGUGGGGGUGAUGGCAGGGUGCUGUGUGGGGUGAUGCGGAUCGGCCUGGUGGCUAAAGGGCUGCUCAUUAAAGACGACAUGGACCUGGAGCUGGUGCUCAUGUGUCGAGAGAAACCCACACACACACUGCUGCGCACCGUCUGUGAUAACCUCCCACUGCAGAUAGAGAAGCUAACAGAAGAGAAGUACGAGGUCGAGAGCAGUGUCCCCAAGGCGGCCAUUUUGAUUCGCAAUACAGCGGAGCCCAAACUCACACUGAAGGUCACACUCACUUCACCACAGAUCCGAGAGGACGGCGAGACAGGAGAGCAAGAGAGCGUUGUUGAGGCGAGCGAGCCGUCGGACCUGCUGGAUAGACAGAGGUGCCUGGUGGCGCUGGCCUCUCUGCGACAUGCUAAAUGGUUCCAGGCGAGAGUAAACGGCUUAAAAUCAGGAGUGAUCGUUUUACGGAUUCUGAGGGACAUGUGCAAUCGAGUGCCGGCCUGGGAACCUCUCAAAGGAUGGCCGCUGGAGCUGCUGUGUGAGAAGGCCAUCGCGACGUGUAACCGGCCGCUGGGAGCCGGAGAGGCUCUGCGCAGGGUCAUGGAGUGUCUCGCCUCCGGGAUCCUGCUCCCAGGUGGACCGGGGCUGCACGACCCGUGCGAAAAGGAGCCGACGGAUACGCUGGCGGCCAUGACGGACGAGCAGGCGGAGGCCAUCACGUACAGCGCGCAGCACGCUCUCCGGCUGAUGGCUUUCGGUCAGAUCUACAAGGUCUUGGAGAUGGAUCCACUUCCCUCCAACAAACCUUCAUCAAAAUACCCCUGGUCAGAUAAAGAAGGUUCGGGGCUGAAGAGGCCCUACGAGGACGGCCUGAUGGACGACAAAGACCUCAUCAAGAAAAUGAAACGCAAUCUGAGAAAAGUUUUAGACAGUAAAGCAAUAGACUCCAACCAGCCCAUGAAUGCCCUGAUGCGGCUGAAUCAGAUCCGUCCCGGUCUGCAGUACAAGCUCCUGUCUCAGUCCGGUCCGGUUCACGCUCCCGUCUUCACCAUGUCCGUGGACGUGGACGGAACCGUCUACGAAGCCUCGGGUUCUUCCAAGAAAACGGCCAAGCUGCACGUAGCCGUUAAGGUGCUGCAGGCGAUGGGAUACCCAACAGGCUUCGACACAGACCUGGACUCCAUGAGUGCAGAUGAGAAGUCAGACAGCGAGGGCAAGAGCGAGACCUCGACACACUCGUGCAAUAACACAUCACACACCACAGACAGCUCCAGCACGCUGGAGGUACGAACUCAGGGUCCUAUUCUGACGGCGAGCGGUAAGAACCCGGUGAUGGAGCUGAACGAGAAACGGCGAGGCCUCAAAUACGAGCUGAUCUCCGAGAGCGGCGGCAGCCACGACAAACGCUUCGUCAUGGAGGUGGAGGUCGACGGACAGAAGUUCCGAGGCGCGGGACCUAAUAAGAAGGUAGCCAAAGCGAGCGCCGCCCUCGCCGCUCUGGAGAAACUGUUCUCGGGACCCAACGCUGCCGGAAACAAGAAGAAAAAAAUCCUCCCUCAGAAUAAAGGAGCGAUCGCUGCCGCUGCUGCCGCCGCAGCCGCCUCCGCCGUCGCAGCUCAGGCCGCUCGAGGAAGAGGAAGAGCUGCACUCGCACGCGGAGCCUUUGUCAGCGCCGCCGCCCCAGGCUACGUCACACCAGGUUUCGGAAGCCCGUACGGUUACGGCGCAGCGGCCGCCGCUCCAGCUUACGGUGGUCUUUUCAUUGACAAUCCCUUUUACCAGCCGCGGACCAUCGCACCUUUUAUUAUUCACUUGGGUCCUCAAGAUCUCUUCUCUGACUUCUAGAACCAUCAGGUUGUGUGGCUCUAAAGUGUCGUGUACCGCUCCAGGCUCUCUCUCUCUCUCUCUCUCUCUCUCUCUCUCUCUCUCUCUCUCUCUCCUACACAGAAACGCCCUAACCAAACUGCACACACUCCUUCUUUCUCCCAAACACAAGCAGCUCGUAAUGAAAGCAAUACCCGAUUCGUUCGACUUCGGCUCACCGCCGAGGACUUUUUGGCAAUACACGUGAACUAUCUUUUUUUUUUUUUUUUUUUUUAACGGCUUGAAGCUUUUCCUGAGAUGAUGUGAAUGUUCAGUCUUUAAUCUCGCGCUGCAAUAUAUUCCUUUUCACUGUAUAUUCACGAUCGAAUAUGUGACUCUAUAAUAAAUAUCUGCAUAUAUACGUAUGGUAUAACUCUACUAUAAAUAUAUGUGUAGAUACACUGAUGUACUUAUGUAUAUUUCUAUACUAUAUAUAUAUAUAUACAUUUAAAUAUUGUUGGUAUAAAUUAUUUUAGAAAGUGAAAUGUAACAAUUAUAACCUUAAGAUAUAGCGAAUAGCUUUCUCUUCCAGUUUUCUAUGUACACUGAGCAAUGAGUCGCUUCAUCUAGAUUAUUAACAUGCAAUACGAGCAAGCGAGCGCCCUUCUCUUAAUCUACAGCUCGUAGAUUAGUGAUGCUUCCUCCUCUCGGCCUCAGCGGCUUGACCACGUCUGCUCGUUAGAGUGUGUGUAUGUGUGUGUGUGUGUGUGUGUGUGUGUGUGUGUGUGAGAGAGAGAGAGAGAAAACUUCGACCAAAGCCUGGUGUUUUGGCUCUCCACGUCAUAUACGCAUAGCAAUACGCAACACGUUUCCCAUCAUACACACAGGUUUUUAGAAAGCACACACACACUCACACAGUCUCGCGCAGCUGCUCGCGGGUCCGCUCCGGUUUGUUUAUUUAUUAUUAUUAUUAUUUUUAAAAACACAAAGCACAAUCCGAGUUGGUGGUGAUGUACUCUGAACCGGAAACCUCAGUCCUGUUUUUAUACCGCGUUUAUGAAUCAUUUACACACGCGACGCGGCAGCUGUAGAGUCGAGUGCAAAAGUUUGUACACCCUCAGGACAAAGUAUGCCGUCUAGCAUGUUGUUGGGUUUUUAUAGAUCGUGACGUAAUGACGGUGGGAAAAAAUGAUCCAUUUAAAAAGUUCUACCAGUUUGACGCUUUCGCACGUAAGUAAGUGAUCCACGUGUUCGUCAGCUUUCGACCGUGCGUGUGUGUGUGUGUUUUUUUUUUUUUUUUUUUUUCUCAACACGUUUUUCUUUCUCUAAUGCAAAAUAUUCGGCGCUUAUUCUGGGGAUGAUGUUCGGUGUACGUUAGUACCACCGUACUAUCGCUCGUGUUCUCGGGUCUUUUUUUUUUUUUUUUUUUACAGUUUCCAAAAACUGUUUUGCGGUGGCGUCGCAGACCUCAACCGUACACACGCUACCGCUCAAAAGUUUGCACGCACUCAUUCUUAAUUUCCCACAUUUUAGAACAAUAAUAAUAAUAAUAAAGUCAUAAAAACUCUGGAGUAACACAAAGGGAACUAUGGGAAUGAGGUCGUGAUAAAAAAAAAAAAAAAAUCCAAAAUAAAUCAGAAUAAUUGAGUAUUUUAGCGUCUUCAAUGUAGACGCGCCUUUCGCCGAGCGCUUUCGCACCGACGCUCGACACUUGGCUGCUGCUUUUCGGAAUAAUUCGCUCCGAGUCCGUUUAAAUAAAGAUUUGAUUUGUAAAUAAAUUAUCUAAUGAAAGAAAUGAACACAUCGGCACGAUGAUAUUUCUCUCCGAGACGCCGCUUUCACGUUCAAUCUCACGCCUUCAGAUCAAAAGGUCUUCAAGAUCACGAGAAACGCGUCAGUCGGGUGUCCACAAACUUUUGGAAAACUGUACUUGUUUGGUUUUUGCCUUACGUUGGCGGCGUCGUGUUCGGGAAGACGACCAGGUUUUAUUUAACAUCUUAGAAUUCCUCCGAUAUAAAAACCACAAGGGGGAUGCAAACUUUUGCCUUCGACCAGGCGAAUCGCAGGAAGUGCGACUCUACAAACUCAAACGGGGUCAGUCAUAGCCAGUAAAGUUCCGAUCGAAUCAGCAAAUGAAGAUUGUUUAAUGAACUCGACCGUGCUGUAAGCGAACGUUAAAGUUUCCCUUUAACGAUUAGAGCUGAAUGUUUAUAACCUUAUUUUAAAAAAACAAAAAAAACAAAUGUAAAUAUUAUUUAUUGGGUAAAAUCCGUUUAAAUACCGAGAAAGCAUCUUUAAUAUCACUGCUACACUUAGAAACGCUAUUUUAAACUAUUGUACACUGUAGUAGUAGAUUGUAGCUUUUAAGUGCAUCUAUAGGGUUAAAGUACGACCGCUUUAUUUAUUUAUUUAUUUAUGUAUGUAUGUAUGCAUACGCUCGUCUGAAUUAUUAUAAUGAUCUGAGCCGGGAAAAGGGGCGUGUCUUUAACAGAACGGGGCUUUAGGACCGAACUACGUCUUUAUUUAAUUAAUUCAAAGUACAGAAUGUCUGUGAUAUUAUACGAUGCAUCAUUCGAUCAUAUUUUCUGAACCAAAAAAAAAACCCCGACCAGGAGAACAACGUCCAUCUUUUUAUUUAUUUUUGAGUUAAAGAUGGUAAGAAAACACACGAGAGAGAGAGAGAGAGAGAGAGAACUGAUUUAGUCAAAAGCACAAAUCCUUCUCUAAACACCAGUUUCUACAUUUUCUUGUAUCUAUCCAUCUGUCUGUCAUCUUUAUUUCCUCAUGCCUUCCUUUUCGUCCAUCUUCCUUUCUUCCUCAUCCCUCUCCUCUUUUUCUUCCCAUCCCGCUCACGCCUUCCUUUCUUCAUUUCCUUCUUUGUCCCUUUCGAAUAUUCCCUUCUUUCUGCCAUCCCUCCGUUUCUUUCUUUCCUUCCGUUUGCCCAGCCACCUUUCUUUACCUUUCAUUUUCAUUCGUUCCUUCGUCUCAUCCCCCUCUGCCCCUUCCCUCUCUCUCUCUCUCUCUCUCUCUCCUCGCAGUACAGUUGUGCUCUCUGUAGUCAGUGGUAGUCGAUGGGCGUGGGUUCAGACGUCCGGCAGCAGCAGGUAUCUGUGAUGGAGGUGUGUGUGUGUGUGUGUGUGUGUGUGUAUAUUGAAGAUGAAGCAAUAAAACUCUCCGCGAUGUGUAACGGCCCGCCGUGACUUCAGACUCGUCCGGAGAUAGAUCUGCGUGAACAGGACGGAACGAACCCUCGUGCGGCGUAGCGAGCGUACCCAGUGUACCCAGUGUACCCAGCGCACCCAGUGUACCCAGCGUACCCAGUGCACCCAGUGUACCCAGCGUACCCAGCGCACCCAGUGUACCCAGCGUACCCAGUGCACCCAGCGCACCCCCUCUUCAUCUCAGAGGACAGCUUUACGCUGUACGUUUAAAUAUCACGUAGCGGUCGUUCACUUAUUCCUGAGAACGCACCCCGUCAGAGCCGACCACUUUCGCACAGUCUGAUGUCUGGGACUUUAUUUCGUGGACCUGUGAAGCCUCGCUGGUGAAAUUGAGCAGGCUCCGGUUUCUGUGUGAGCGAGUCGCCAGGGUCACGAAACAACCCCGCGUCCCGAAUGCGUGCGUUACUUCCAGCAGAGCUGCUUUGAUCGGAUCGUCCCCCUAGCGUUAGGAAUGUACACAAGUAGAAUGUAUAAUCACAGAAGAGCUGCGUGAAUGACGCACGAGAGGAAAUGCUGAUGUUUUACCCUGGUCCGUGUUUACACCUCUGUCCGAGCGUUAACUCUGCGAGCGCGGCCGGAUUCCCCGUCCGUCCGUCCGUCCGUCCACGAUUCCGCUGCUGUAGAUAUUCACUCCGCCGCGUUCGUCCUCCACGACUCUGUUACCUGUUUUUAUUUAUUUUAUUACUUUUUUUUUUAACGUGACUUGAAAAGAUAUCAAACAUUUACACUCUUAUCUACACUUGAACUACUAUUAAAAGGUCAUAAUCUAAUCUAAACGAUGUGACGUGGCAGUUGUGCAGGAGUUCCGUGAGCGAGCUGUGCUUGAGUAGACGAAGUAAAACACGCCUAGCUGUGGUUCUUGAUUAGUGAAAACACCCUGGUGGUCUCUGUCUGUCACUGUAUCUGCUCUUUCAGAAACGCUUACGCAAUUAACCUACAAAAAAAAUGCUCUGGAGUGUAAAAACUUCUCUCUUUUUUGUUUAUUAUUAUUAUUAUUUUUUUUAAAGGAAAUAAAAACGUACUGAUUAUGAACCA